AUUGCGCUGCGGUCUGAAUUGAACUCGGGAAAUCUUUUUAAUUUUUCAAAUCAGUCUAUCGCGCGUAAUGGUGUCUAAAUUCAUUUUUAUUUAAACAUCUCGGUAAAUUAAUAUCAACUGAAGUGCAUUGGUUAAAAUUUAUAGCAAUAAUGUGUUAUACCGGACCAUGACAUGAGUGACGAAAAUUUCAAUUUUCUGUAGUAAAUAAGAAAUUCAUAGCUCACGAUGGUGUUCGAAUCGAUUGUGGUGGACGUGCUGAACAGAUUCCUAGGCAAUUAUGUGGAGAAUCUGAACAGGUCCCAACUAAAGCUAGGAAUAUGGGGCGGCGAUGUCGUGCUGGAAAAUCUCAUACUCAAGCAGAAUGCUUUGGAGGAACUCAAUAUACCCGUUCAGACAGUUUAUGGACACUUAGGAAAACUAGUACUGAAAAUACCCUGGAAGAAUCUCUAUGGCGCAUCAGUAGAAGCUACAGUUGACCGAUUGUUUCUGAUUGUCAAUCCUAGCGCUGAGGUUAAAUAUGACCCUGAAAAAGAAGAGAAAAUCGCCCUCGCUGCUAAACAGGCUGAGCUGGCGAGGGUUGAAGAAGCCAAGAAGAGAGAGGCCUUAAAAGAUCAAACCAAGCUCGAUGAGACGUUCGUCGAGAAAUUGGUGACCCAGAUCAUCAAGAAUGUUCAGCUAAAGAUCACUGACAUACAUAUACGUUAUGAAGACAGUAUCACGAAUCCUAAAGCGCCCUUCUCUUUCGGUAUCACCUUGCAUAACCUAUCCGUCCAAACUACUGACGAAAACUGGCAAAAAGCGGUUAUCACUGACGCUGUGACCAAGAUUUUCAAGAUUUUAGAUUUGGAAGGUUUAGCUAUGUACUGGAAUCCUGUAACUGAAUUAUAUUCGAAGUCAGGUCCUAUGGAAAUAAAGGAUAGAUUGCAAAAAGAAAUUGCCACAAAAUCUUCUAAACCUUCAUUUUACAACUACGCUCUCGGUCCUAUAAACGCAACAGCAAAAUUAAAACUAAACCCGAAACCCGAGGGCGACACACCAAAGUUUAGUAUACCAAAAGUGAUACUGAGUCUUCAUAUGGAGCAGCUUUCAGUCAGCCUUACGAAAGCACAAUACCAAGAUAUGAUGUUGUUAGCGGAUUCAAUGGAUCGAAUGAACAAACAAGCGCCUUACAGAAAGUACCGUCCAGACUUCAAUACUUACAAACGCCAUUACAAAGAAUGGUGGCAGUUUGCAUACCGUUGCAUACUAGAGGAAGAAGUUCUGAGGCGACGUAGAAAUUGGGACUGGAAUCAUAUGUUGGAACACAGACAGCUUUGCAAAGACUAUGCGACUGUUUAUCAAUGCAAACUUAGUAAUAAAGGCAAAGUGACCACUGAUCAAGCGUGUGUGUUAGAAAAGGCUGAGAAGACACUCGAUUUAUUCAAUCUAGUCGUUAUUAGGCAGAAGAUUGAAAUGGAGGUGGAAAGACUGGGUAAAAUCGAAGAAGAAGCGAAAAAGACCCGGAGCUGGAUUAGCAGUUGGUGGUAUGGCGGGGGCUCCAAAGAAGACGAUUUGGCUGAAGGCACAGCUAUCAUGAAACAAUUCGAAAAAGCAAUGACGCCUGAAGAAAAGGAGAAGUUAUUCCGCGCCAUAGACUACCAAGAGAACUCGGCGCCUCUGCAUUUGCCCAUAGAGUAUGUGGCCAUAGAAAGCUACUUUCAAUUGGACCGACUUCAACUGAACGUUACCGAUGAAGUCGAAGUUUUGAAAGCCUGUGUCGAUCACGUUGAAGUCGAUAUGAAACAGAGGCCUAGUGCUAAUGCUUUACGAGUGGAUGUCCAGAUGAAGGCCUUCAGUGUAACUGGAGUACAACAAGGCACGUUUGAGCCCCAACUCGUCAUCUCGAAAGAAGUCACACAAGACGUCAAUCUAUUGAACGUUGUCUUCGAAACUAAUCCUCUUGAUGGCUUGUGUAACCAAAGGGUGAAGGUGUCAGCUCGGCCGCUACAAAUUAUAUACGACGCACAAACUGUCAUUGAGAUAGUAAACGUUUUCAAACCAGCGUCCGAUUCUACUGCUUUAUCUACUUUACAAGCGGUAGCAGAAAACAAACUGUCGGAUCUCAAAGAGAAGUCGGCGUUAGGCAUGCAGUAUGCCGUUCAUCAUCACACGUUUAUAGACGUCGAUAUAGAUAUCGCUGCUUCUUACAUUAUCGUGCCGAAGACUGGCGUUUAUUCCGACGGCCAAGCAUGCGUGGUAGUAAAACUCGGUGCCAUUAGAGUGAAGUCAGAGCCUCGUUCACACGCACUCGACGUACACAAGUUGUAUAAAGAAGGCCUUGCCGAUGAAGACAUACUGAUGGAAAUUACCAAACACAGCUACGAUAAGAUGGCUCUCGAACUUACUGAGAUGCAGAUUGUGAUAGCCCAUGAGCGAGAAGAUUGGGCUUCAGCAAUAGCAUCGACGGACGACGUAGGAACCCCACUGCAUUUACUUCAACCCACCAAUUUAGUUAUACAGAUACAUAAGUGUUUGAUUACCGACGACCCGCGCAUGCCCAAGGUCAGGGUUAAGGGCGAGUUGCAAAAGAUUGCCAUCAGUGCUUCGGAAGAUCGAUUAUUAGCACUAUGCGAAAUAUUAGUAAGCAUGCCUCUGCCGAAGUCUGAUGAAAUGACCCAACUUAAGCCGAGUGAAUCGAAAGGAUCGAGUCUUUCAUUACUGAAAUACUUAGAUCCAAUGGAGAAGCAAAGGCGAGAGAACGCCCGAGUUAAAGAAAAGGCCAAAGAUGAGCACACAGUACAAAUGACUGAGCUUGAAGCUUUCUUUAUUAUGAAAGAACUCGUCCUCAGUAUCAACAGGAAAACAAUAGACACGUCAAAAGGCUACGACAGAUUCCUAGUGUUCUCUCUAUCCCUGUUAGAAGUCACUGCCAUACAGAAGACUUUCACACUAGACGCCGCUGUCCGCUUAGGGGCGGUGAAACUAGAACAUCAUAGAGUGGGCCGAGGACUUAAAGUACUGAAUAUGAUCGAAACACCUGAUGUUCUACCUUAUGAUGAAAUUACUAUUACUGAAGAUAGCACUUCAAAUAUGCUUCAUUGUCAGCAGUAUUUGUUUGCUGUUACGUAUAGGAAUGUGGAUAAAAAAUGUCCAGACUUCAGAGGUUUGUUUGGAUCAGUAGAACAGUUGAUCGAGUUAAAUUUCACUGACUUAAGAGUAUUACUGCAUCUGGAGGGAUUAAGAGAAAUUCUUGUUAUUGUUAAUGAGUAUCAGACAAGACUGCAAGCUAUUCAGAGUACAGUCGAUAGAACUGCUAACGCAGGUCCAUUAGAAACUAUUGUCGAAGACGAAGAGUUCACUACGGCCAAAUCUAAAGCGAGUGUAUCAAAGCCGUCUCGUAAGAAGCAAGUGGAAAGCAUUCAGAUGAAAGUGAACUGUAAGAUCGGGGCAAUAGAGAUAGUUUUCGCGACGGAGUCCCGUCCCCUGUCUAUGGUGCAAUUGAAAGGUGCUACCGCCGGAUUGGUGCUUAAGGCUUCGUACACACAAGUAGACUGUGCUAUUGCGUCCAUUAAGGUUGAAGAUUUGAAUCCUGCAUCAAUACAUAAAGAGAUUCUCAAAGUGCUCGGCGGUGACGUGAUGAAUGUACAAAUAGUAAUGUACAACUUGGACCAAUACCCGUCUGUCAGUGACAUUAACAUGUCGAUUGACUGCCAAAUCAACUGUUUGCGUAUUAUCUUCUUGAAUUGGUUCGUCACUUCUAUGUUGGAAUUUUUGAAUAACUUCCAAACAGCUCAACAAGCUAUUAUAGAUGCGUCUUCGCAAGCGGCUGAUGCAGCCAGGGCUAAUGUACAAAACGCUUACACGAAUUCUACUAAGUUAUCACUGAAAGUACGUUUGGCGGCGCCUAUUAUCAUAAUACCAGAAAACUCGAAGAGUUUGAACGCGAUGCUCGUCGAUUUGGGUCGCAUGACUUUGAACAAUAACUUUGUCGACAUGAAUGUUCAUGAUGUAAGCACAACUGUGACAGUUGAAGAGUUGACCCUUGAUUUGGAAAACAUGAAGGUUUCCUGUGUGAAACUUGAUAACGAUUACAAGGAAGCGAUUCAUGAGAGGAAGUUAUUGCGUCCGACUAGUUUCAAACUGCUCGUUAAACGUAGCCUCUCGGCGUGGUAUGACACACUGCCCGACUUGGAUAUAUCUGGACGAAUGAAGACUAUUGCUAUCACAGUAGGCCACUGCGACUACAAGAGUAUAAUGAGAAUUCUGAAUCAGAACUUACAAGAAGGCCAAGCGAAGGUUGACGAUAAAUCCGCUACGGCCAUGCUGAAAACUAGUUCCAAAGUAAAGGGACAGACUGUUAGGAGUCAGAACAAAUCCGUGGCAGCCAUAAUAUCUUCUAAAGAGAUACAGAAACCUAGAACGUCGAUAAAGUUCUCCUUCACGAUGGAAAGCCUGGUUAUUGACCUUCUGAAUACGGCAACCGCUACUACUGAAUACUCUAUGUUCUCUCAAGAUGUGGACUUGGCGCGGUUUUGUAUGACAUUGCUCUCUGUCAAGGGGAGGAUGCUAUCGGAUCACUCGAUGCAAACCUCCUUGCUCUUAGUAGACUGCACACUUGAUGACACCCGGCCUGGUAGAGGCACUAAGGUCACCAGGUACUUAGAGAGGCGGCGUAUUACUAAAUCCGAACGUCAGGAAGCCGAGGCUGCUUCGGACUUGCACGAUAAGAUACGAAGCAUGAUUGACGUCACGUACACCAUGAAGAAUUCUGAUACAUUCAUUGACAUGAGGAUCUUCAGUUUCGAUCUGAUCUUAGCAAUGGAUUUCCUUAACAAGAUCGCAGAGUUCAUGACAACGGGCUUGGUAGACGAUGCAAAGACAACCAAAGAUGAACAACCGGGCCCAAGGACCACUGUGCCAGAAAAAUCUGUGGAGACCCUAGCGAAGAGGAGAUCAACAGCUAUUUCGACAGCAGCAAUAGAACCCCGUCAAUUGGCCAUGAUGACUGUGAACAUCAAGAUUGAACAGCCCGAUAUUAUCUUAGUGGAGUCCCUUGAACACAAGACCUGUGACGCUUUGGUGCUUAAUAUGGAAGCUCGCUUCAAGCUCCGUCGCUCGGCCGAGCGCAUGGUAGCGGACGGCGGUAUAUCCGGCCUGCAAAUGGUCGUGCGACAGCUAGGCACUCAAGCAGAGAGCUCGACGCCACGGUUCUUGUUGGCUCCAACGCAUUUGUCCUUGGCACUCUCACAACCGCCGAUGUCGGGCAUGCAUGUCGAUAUUGCUAUUACGGAUAUCAAGAUUACUGUGUCGCCAGAUAUCAUAGCUCUUCUAAAUCGAGUGUUGGCCACGAUGACAAGUAGCGAGGAAGAUAAUAAAGUAGAAGAGCACAAGGCGAUAUUCUACGAUAACUUGUGGGCCAUUGAACCUUUCAAACCUAACUCCUAUUGGUUCUUAAAAACUGAGCAAGCGGAAGAAGCGAUAAAUGCCGAGGAAUCAUCAGUUGAGAUGACAACUGUCGCUCCUAUAGGCGAGAUCUGUUUGCUAUCGUGUCCGUCAAUCGUAGCCUCCUUUGAAAUGGAGAUCGGUAACGAAACCAUACCGGUACUCGUUAUGCAAGCCUCGCUCACGGGACAGGUUAAAGAUUGGAGUUCUGAUUUCUAUGCGGAAUCAACGUGGGCGAUGCAAGUAUCGUACUAUAACAUUGAGCGUGCUGUAUGGGAACCGCUCAUAGAACCCGUGGAAGUACUGAAGGACUACCAGUACAAACAUGUGCCUUGGGAACUUAAAAUGGAGAUCGUAAUGCAUACUCAAGAAGGCCACGCGUCGAUAGACACGACGGACGAAGCGGCGAAUUUGCAAACGGUAGCUCAGAGACAAGCCAACAAGACCAUCACGUUAUCUAGCAGCGAGCCAUUGGAGAUCACUAUCACUAGAACUGGCAUGGAGGUGCUAACUCUACUAGGAAAUUCAUUUUCAUCGUCCAUUGCCGAAGGUGCGAGUGAGGGCGCCACUGUCUCCAAAUCUAAGUUUGAUUCAUUUGAAAAAACAUUCCAUGGAGCGCCUUAUGUUCUUCACAACUGCACCGGUUUGACGGCCAAGUUAAUGUUGAACGAUAACCACGACUUCUCUGUGUGCCUUACUGAAGAAUAUGUUUCUUCUGACUAUAGGGAAGUGGUUUUAGAACCGGGUGCUUGCGUUCCCUUGCAACUUAAACAUGGUGGACUUAACUUGAUGAAGCUGAAUGAACCGCCUCCACCCCUCAAAUUGAAUGUUAAGAUAGUAGAAAUAGAUGACGACGUCCAAAUCCCAGUGGACCGCGCGGACAAGCGGUACUUCCCGCUCGGCCGCAAGCUCGCGGGUAGCGUUCCUGAGAAGAACGUUCCGCACGUAGCCGCGGUUGAACCGCGCGGACUUAUAUCUGACGUCGUUAUGCAGGAAGCGGCACUGCAUAUUUAUUUGAGAAGUGUUGUGCAGGUAACAAACACACUCUCAGUGAACGUGUCAGUUUACUAUAUGACUCUUUCCGGCAACGAAGUGCGUUUACUAGGCGACGUGAAGCCCGGAGAUAUUCUACGAUUGCCUUUACAAGCUGUUCAUACGCCCACCGCUGAAUUGUUCUACUCCGUUGAAGGUUUUACAGUAUCAGUAUCACCGUUCAUAUGGCGGGAACUGCAACAAGAAGUGAAGAUAUCGAGACUGUUGCAGUGCGAUUCUAAAGAUAAGAACAGUGGAGAGAAAUUCUAUUUGAGGGCCUUAGGUACAAUGGAACAAGUAUUCUACGAGCACACGACCCGUCACACAUUCGCUUCAUCCUGCUACGACAUAGUACUGAAGCCAGCUGUAAAGCUACAGAACUGUUUGCCCGUUGAGAUCGUCGUCUCUCAGUUAGGCUUGAAGAGGACGCAAGUAUUCCAGCCUGGAGAAAUGUUCCACUUGUCGCAUCUGUCGCCUAAUCGCGCUUCUAUUGUUAUUAUGAUUAAAAACUACCUCGACAAAUGUUGGGUAUGUACGAAGAACCUUCCCGAUAGUGAGACAGAACUGUCAGUGUGGUCGUUCGAAUCCCACGACAGCCCUUCCGUAAUGACACUAGAUUUGGGUAUGCAUAGUGUGGACAUGGAAGGAACGCAAGUCCUAUCUCUGUAUUGCCCAUUCUGGAUGCUCAACAAAACCGGCUUCACAUUGUGUUAUAGGAAAUCAAAGAAACCAGAAAAAGACUCCAGCACACCCAACAAGAAUGUGGAUGAAACAGGCAACGUAAUAUUCCACCCUAAAGAAUAUAAGGAACCGAUACUGUUUUCGUUCCGCGCAAAGAAUUUCUUUGGUAAGAAGAAAGCGGCUAUAAGGGUGGAGUUCGGUGAAUGGUCUGACAAAUUCUCGUUGGACGUUCCUGGUAGUUCUGGUGUUAUUCUUUGCAAACACGAGGGAAGAACUUAUCAGGUGGCAGUUACGAAUCAGCUGACGUUCAACAGUUUGACCAAGAUGGUGAUAUUUACGCCGUACUUCUUGAUCAUCAACGAAGCGCCUUUCGAUAUUCAAUACCAGGAGCUGCAUAGAUCUGGUGACCCUUGGAUCACGGUUGCUCAAAAAUCAAGCGCGCCUCUAUGGCCGGUCAUAGAGAGAGAAGACAAGUUGUUGCUAAUGCGAGUCGCUGGCUCCGCCGACUACGCUGCACCAUUCUUGUAUACCGAACAACAUUCAGUUUGCUUGAAGCUCAAUAACGAGUUCGGCGGUCUCCACGUGGAAGUGCAGCUGACGGAAGGCGGCACGUACAUCACAGUGCGUCAGUACCGCGACGGACAUGCGCCCGCGCUGCUCGUCAACUUUUCGCCUUACGACAUCACUGUCUAUGAGAAGGAGAACGUUAAUACUAAGUCACUGUCGUCAAUGCACAAAAUGCUUUACACGUGGGAUAAUCCCGCAGGACCUCGCGUUAUGAUAUUCGCAGGACACAAGAAAAAGGAGAUUGAAAACGAUCUGAGAAAAGAUGGCAUUGGAGAUUUUAUGAUCAACGAAACCACCCGAGUAUACUGGGUAUCGUUCCUCGACGGACUACAAAGAGUGAUACUAUUCACUGACGACCCGAUACUCGCUAGUGGUGCCCACACUAUCGGCGAGGCGGAGUUAGUCGAUACCGAACUGGUAUUGUCUAUGCAAGGCAUUGGAUUGUCGCUGGUGAACGAUCCCGAACAAUUGGAGAUUGUUUACAUCAGUAUUUCUAACUCUGGUAUAAUAUGGGAACAGUGCAAAGUGGGAGCUCGCCGGUACAAAAAGAUUGAAGGGCCGAAGCUCCUACAGUUAGAAGAACAUUAUCAACGAUAUAUGGCUGAGAAGAUGGUCAGCACCACUGAGAUACUCUCGCCUAGAGUACAAAUUGAUGAGAAAGUUGAGGUGGACUUCGAAGAGAUGCGUCAACUGAAGCCAUCCGUCCGUCUUCUCCGUCGUACUCUGCAACCCGGUCUGUGGGCAUCGUACGGCCUCACCCCGCACUCGCGGCGCCUGCACGCUCGCCUGCACCGCCUGCAAGUAGACCAGCAGUUGCCGCUGCCCACCUUCCCAGUCGUGCUGGCUCCUGUACCUCCCCCAAGGUCUAUCGCUAAUGAGGAUCCUAGUGUGCCUCGAGGUAUGAAACCGUUUAUCGAAGUGUCGAUAGUCGAACGGUUGAUGGAACACAGUAUGGUCCGUCAGUACAAAUACUAUAAGGUGCUGAUUCAAGAGUUCCACGUGAAGGUGGAUAUGGGACUGAUCAACGCUCUCAUGGGCAUGUUCCCGCAACGAUCGCUCAAUGAACAGGAAGCGCUGGACGCGUUCCAACUCGAUUUAGAAAAGGCAGGACAACCAUUAGAAGCUUUAGCGGCAAUAGGGGUUGCGUCAGAUCUCAAGAAUUUCUACGAUAAUUUGCAUUUGUCGCCACUCAAGGUUCACGUUUCGUUCUCUCUGGGUGGUACGACGCAACUGCCAACGUUUGUUGGCACAGUACUGCAGAGCAUCGGUGUUACUUUGACGGACAUGAAUGACGUCGUAUUCAAGUUGUCGUACUACGAAAGGAACUACGAGUUCUUAUCUCAGAAGGAGUUGAUCGGUCAAGUACAGAACCAUUACACGGGACAAGCUCUCAAGCAACUGUAUGUUCUAGUCCUCGGGUUAGAUGUCAUAGGCAACCCUUACGGACUGGUCGUGGGACUGAAGAAGGGUGUCGAAGAUCUGUUCUAUGAGCCUUUCCAGGGCGCAAUCCAAGGUCCGGGCGAGUUUGCCGAAGGUUUGUUCUUGGGCGUACGUUCGUUGGUCGGACAUACUGUGGGCGGCGCGGCUGGCGCCGUGUCGCGUAUCACUGGUGCUAUGGGACAUGGCCUCGCUGCACUCUCGCUAGAUAAGGACUACCAAAGACGCCGUAGGGACAAUAUUAAUAAGCCGCCAGCGAAUCUUCAAGAAGGUCUUGCUAGAAGUGGUAAAGGACUGGUUAUGGGUGUAGUAGACGGCGUGACGGGAGUGUUCACGAAGCCCAUAGAGGGGGCUCGCGAGCAGGGCGUGGAAGGGUUCUUCCGGGGGCUGGGUAAAGGCGCUGUGGGGCUCGUGGCUCGCCCCACCGCCGGCGUCGUCGACUUCGCGUCCGGCUCACUUGACGCCGUCAAGAGAGCGGCGGAUAUGUCUGAAGAAGUGACGAAGCGUCGACCGGCGCGAUACAUGGCGCCCGACUGUGGCGUGAGGCCAUACUCGAGGCUCCAUGCUGAAGGAUACAAGAUGCUGUUCGAGCUUGAGAAGGGCAAGUACGUCAGCACGGACACGUACGAAGCUCACGUGUGGGUGAUUGCCGGCAAAGAAGUGGUCAUGUGCACCGACAAGCGCAUGCUAUACAUUGAGAAGAACAAUGUCUUCGGCGGCUGGCAGAUUGUAUGGACGUAUCUCUGGUCGGAGCUCCCUGAAGUGCCAACAGCCGUCAACAAAGGCGUCUAUAUCCCCACUGCCAAGAAAAAGGUGCUAGGAAUGUUCCCUACGUCCGGGUCCGGCAAGGUGAUAUUCCUCUACGACGAACAACAGAAGAAGUACUUGCUCGCACAGUGCCAGCGGCUGAUGCAAACUCGUUGACAUGAGGCAGUAGAAAGAAUGACGCCUUCAGAAUGGUUGGCACAGUUCUUUCUACUUAUAUUUGAUUGUCGCACCGCAUUGCUUACUUUCGCCUAUCACUUUAACAUGCACCACCUCAGCCCCAAAGGCUUCCGCUAAACCCUUCCCUCGCUGUGAGCAGUGCUUCAUAUGGACUAUGUAUUUAUAUACUUUAGUGUAUUGGUGUUUAUCUGUUUUGAGAACCGUGUGCUUGUUAUAUUUUUAUAAUACCUUUUUACGUGAUGGUGUCAAUGCAAUUUGUAUGCUGAGUACAAUUAUGGAAUUGAAUAUCGUGGUUAUGACAUGUUGUGUAUGUAGUUAGAGUUUUGAUUAUUUUACAUAUUUUUACCGUUUAGUAAUAUACCAACCUUGCGUAAAAUGAGAGAGAUAUUGUACAUGACCUUAAAUAUCAUUGAAUGUCGAGAAUUUGGUUACUCUUUGGCUGACUUUCCAGACUUAUCGAGAUCUUGUAGCUAUGUAGAAGGAUAUAGCCUUAUUAGAGUACAAAAGAGGUGAAUGAGUUUAAAAAUAUCUCUUUUCUGGUACUUUAAAUACAUUUAAACUUUUAAAAAGUAUAUUUAAAUAUUAAAUAUAUCUCUAUGCAUUUACCUAUUUAAGAUUAAUAUUCUGUAAGUUGUUACAAGAUUUCAGUCUUCCUUUACUACUUAUUUAUUGACUUACGCCGUUGAGUUUAUUAUACCGUUGGUACUACAUAAUUCUAAUGUUUAAAGUUCGUUAAAAAAGGAAAUUAAUAGGUAAUCAAUUCUCUGUUCCAAUACUCAGUUGAAGUCUAUUGCUGUAGACUGUACUACUUAAAUAUUCGAAUAUGAUAUUCGUUAUGUUAUGUAGACUGUGUAACGUUAUUCCCAAUAUGUUGUUAUUGUAAGUUUAAUAUUACAGAGACAAAAUCAGUGAAGUAAGUGUAUUAAUUCUGUUUGUUUUAUCGAAGCCUGAUAGUACAAACAUUAUUUGAAAGAGUUGAUUUUUUAUACAUUAUUUUGUUGAAUGAAAACGCUAAGCCAGGGUGGCUUCCAUUGUUGAGGCUUUCCAUACCAGUGCCUUAUGAUCGAUGUUUAGAAAGCUGACGUUAUUUUGCUGGUUUUUUCAACUGUUUGUUAAUGAUUAAGUUUUUUGUUACACUGGAUAUAGUGUAUUCGAAUACUAAGUUAUUUUAGGUUGAGUGCACAAUCUAACCGUUUGUAUGUAUUUGCUUAGCCGAUGUGCGCUAGCCUUACCAGUGGCUUCGAGGUGUAAAAUUUCUUAAUUUUGAUAUUAUGUUUAUUUGUUGAAUGAAGCUUUUAUGCAUAACUUGUUUAAUUAGAUAUAAAAGCCAACUUUGUUAUUAUUGCCUGUUGCACAAUUUACUCACUUGGUAUUCGUUUUGUCUUGUUCAAGCUUGUGUAAGAACAGUUUCAAUAUAAAAUAUAUACAGAAA